ACUCGGAACCUCGUUACCGACCGCUUCAUCUCGCGCGGUCGAUCAGAGUUGUGAGAAUCACCUGCGCUCCCCGUACAGGCCCAUAUAUUUAUGAUAUUCACAGGAUCUUAAAACACGAGUAUACAGUGUGCCGAAAUGUCCAACCUCGCACGCACUUUGCGUCCCCUCCUGAGGUGCGUCCGCAGCCAGAGGAGAACCUAUGCAGACGCUGCGCCCGGCAAUCAAAUGAAGUUUACGUUCGCUGGCGCUAAUCAGGUGUUCUACGAUCAGGAAUCAGUUCGGCAAGUCGACGUACCCUCCUUCUCGGGUGCCUUUGGCAUUCUACCGAAGCACGUGCCCACACUAGCGGUCUUGAAGCCCGGUGUGGUUACAGUUUUCGAGGAGGACGGCUCGACCAAGAAAAUCUUUGUCUCUUCUGGCACGAUUACCAUUAACGAAGACAACAGUGUACAGAUUCUCGCGGAGGAAGCCCAUCCGGUGGAAAGCCUCGACGGUUCGGCAGCGAGAGACAUUCUUAACAAAGCUCAACAACAGCUAUCCUCGGCAACGUCGGACGUAGACAAGGCUGAAGCAGCUAUUGCGGUUGAAGUUGCGGAAGCACUUGUGCAAGCUACACAAUGAAUGUUAUCAAGUAAUAUGGAAUUACAUAUAUAUACAUAUUUACUUCGACACGCUGUUAGAAAGAGAGGCAUGUGUACAACACAUUCUAAUCGUAAUAUUGUUGUAUGACAGUGUAGCAACAAUAAAAAUGUGUUAAAUCAUGUAUAUUUAUUAAAAAAAA